AAAAAAAACAUUCCUUAAUUCUCCUCAUUGUCUUUAUUAAAUGAUUAAAUCGUUCCCCACUGCGUUAAAUAAAGUCUCCCGCGCAGCACUCAGAAAGCCGAGCCAUGGCGCGAGAGCUUGAACGCGGCCGAACUUUUCUUUACUCCGCGAAGAAGUUCUUCUUCUUCUUCUUCAUCUUUUUCCCUCGCCGGCAGUGAUUUGCCCACCUUUGCCCCAGGAGCCCGUCCCGCUUGUUUUUAUUGAGGAUGUUGAGCGGUGAGUUAGGGAGAUGAAGAUAGCUCGCGGCCGGUGACGUCGGGGCGGUGGUUUCCUUUAUUUCGCAGCUCAAAAUCCUUUAAACUCUGCUGUUCUUCGGAGGAACUCGGGACUCGUCACGAUGCGCACGUCACGCUCAACGGCCGUCCGCGCGCGCUAAGAAACUCUUCAAAAAAGGGCUGUUUUGCGUAAUUUUCGUUAAAAAAAUAGUAAAUAGAAGUCAUUAAUUUAGUUUCCACCCACCUCGAGGACAACUUCCCUGCACAACUAUGUUGGAAAAGUUGUCUCCCAGUUUCCCCGCGGAGGGUCGACUUUGUUCCGGAAGGACUCGGUGGACUUCGGCGGCGCUCGCGGUGGUCCUGCUGGGUGUGUUCGCCUCGUGCUGCUGGGCGGAAGAAGCGUCCUGUCACGGGGCUUACGACCUCUACUUUGUUUUAGACAAGUCCGGGAGCGUCUCCAGCGACUGGGGCGAGAUCUACUCGUUUGUGAAGAACCUCACCGACAGAUUUGUGAGCCCCAGGAUGAGAGUCUCCUUCAUCGUCUUCUCGGCUCAAGCUAAAGUCCUGCUGCCUCUGACUGGAGACAGAGCGGAGAUAGAAGAAGGUCUGAAGCGCCUACGGGACGUGAAACCGGCCGGAGAAACCUACAUGCACGAGGGGAUCAAAGAGGCCUCGGCCCAGAUACAGACGCAGGGCACCAAGUCGUCCAGCAUCAUCCUGGCUCUGACGGACGGGAAGCUGGACGUUUACGUUCAGGAGCUCACAGUGAAGGAGGCAGAAGGGGCCCGAAAAUACGGCGCCCGCGUCUACUGCGUCGGCAUCAAGGACUUCGACGAGCAGCAGCUCGCCGAAAUCGCCGACACCAAGGACCAAGUGUUUCCUGUCAAAGAUGGCUUCCACACACUCAAAGGCAUCGUCAAUUCUAUAUUAAAGCGCUCGUGCACGGAGAUCCUGAGCGUGGAGCCCUCCAGCGUCUGCGUGAACGAGUCCUUCAAAAUCGUCCUCAGGGGGAACGGCUUCGCCAUCGGCCGCAGCAACGAGGGCGUCGUCUGCAGCUUCAUCGUGGACCAGCAGACCUUCAAUGAGAAGCCGAGUUCAGUGACCAACGAUUAUCUGCUGUGUCCGGCCCCCCAGCUCUACCACGUGGGACAGACCAUGGACGUGCUCAUCAGCCUGAACCACGGCAAGUCCUUCAUCUCCAGCGCCUACACCAUCACCGCCUCCACCUGCUCGGACGGCGUGGUGGUGGCCAUCGUCUUCCUGGUGCUGCUGGUCAUCGUGGCCCUCGCCCUCAUGUGGUGGCUGUGGCCCCUCUGCUGCACCGUGGUCAUCAAAGACCCGCCGCCUCCUCCUCCACCUUCCCGUCCGCCGCCACCUGAGCCAGAGGAGCUGCCUAAGAUGAAGUGGCCCACCGUGGACGCGUCCUACUACGGGGGCAGAGGAGCGGGGGGGAUCAAACGCAUGGAGGUGCGCUGGGGCGAGAAGGGCUCCACGGAGGAGGGGGCCCGGCUGGAGAAAGCCAAGAACGCCGUGGUGUCCAUUCCGGAGGACUCGGAGCAGCCGAUGAUCAAGCGCCCCACCCCGAAGGCCGCCCCCACCCACCAUCGGAACCAGAACAAGUGGUACACCCCCAUCAAGGGCCGUCUGGACGCUCUGUGGGCUCUGCUGGGCCGGCAGUACGACCGGGUCUCCCUCAUGAGACCCACCAGCGCCGACGAGGGUCGCUGUGUGAACUUCAACCGGGUUCAGCAUCAGUAGGAGACCAGACUCCUGGAGAAGGCUUCCUGUUCUCGUUAGACUACUCUCUUGUAUCUUUACACCACUAUUGGUUCUCUUUAUAUCUUUAGACCCCCCCGCCCCCCCCCCCACGUCCGUCCCCCCCCCCCGGCACCCGGCGCUCAGACCCGGUUAGCUUUAUCGUGCACCAAAGGCUUUAACAUAUUCUGACCAUAUUGUGCCUUCUGUGAGAUAAAAAAAACUCCCAAUUUCAGGGACACAGACGGAAGCUUUCUAAAGAAAGAGAGAAACACAACUGGGGGGCUCGGGGGGGUGGGGGUGGGGGGGCUGUUCAGCCUCUGGCCUGGAAAGUCUGAAUAAUCCCAGUGGGGCCUCACCAGCGCACAAGUCCAUCGCCUUUUGGCGAUUGUCUCAUCACGGAUCCUCUCCCCGACUCCGGCGGCGCCGCCCCCCCUUCGCCCCCACCCCCCCCUCUGCAGCCGCCCCGUCCUGUCAUUUUAACGCUGAGAAGUGCACACGCUUGACAAAUUGUGGACAGGACGCCCCCGAGGUACCGGGAGACUUUUUAGGCCCCGUAGUUUUUUCCUCCCGAGACACCUUCCUCCUUCCUCCUUCCUCUUUCCUCCUUCCUCCUUCCUCCUUCCUCCUUCCUCUUUCCUCCUUCCUCCUUCCUCCUUCCUCCUGCGCCCGGGACCAGUCAUCGGAGCGUUACUCCGCCGUGGGGGGGGCGUUGGACGUGGCGUUUUCUGUUCCCAGUCUGCUCUCUGCUCAGCAGGGCGUGGGACUUCUUCUUCUACAGCUGCCGGCGUCCCCCCCCCCCGACCCCCGUCCCCGCGAGGGGGUCGGCCUCCUCUUCCCGGCGGCCGCGUCUCAACUCGCCGGCGCCCAGGUUUAAUUAAAAUAAUUAAAGGCAACAGCGAGCAGCAGCCUGUGAAGACGUGUCUGUCCCUUCCCUUCAUGCCUCUUUGACAUUGAAUGACCUACAACCGGCGCCGCUCACAGGAAGGACACGUUGCCACGGUGACGGUGCGCCCCGCGUCCCAAAAACGCAAACCCAAAGUAACGGAUGCGAUGGACGGAUAAGUAUUGUUCAUUUCCAGGAAUUAUGUCCUCCCCCCCACCCCCAAUAAAGAAGCCUGGUGUACGUCCGUGGAUACGAGCGCGCUGUCAUGACGCCAAUCCCCCCCCCGUGAUGUCAGGGCGCCCGCUGCAACAAAAAGCCCACAGUGGGGGGAGGAGCUGAGGGAAAAGGCCGGAAUGAUGCCGUCACUUCGGAUGCCCGACCCCCCCGCCCCCGCCCAGGAUGGAUAUCCGAGUCGAGACCUGACAACGCGCGGCGGCUUUGACGGGGAGCGGUAUGGACAAUGACCAGUGGCGGGGUCAGCGGGACGUCUCCGCGCAGGCAGGGGAGCUUAUCACAUGACACUAAAAAUAAGUUCAGCCACCGUCAACUUUGGGGGGGGGGGCACACAUUCGGCGGCGUCAUUAUUCCUUUGUUUGGUCUCUUUAGACACAU